AUGCCCGGGAAAUACUCUCACAGUGUUGUCUUAGCAGACUAUUCCAACCAUGGUGUCAUCUAUCCUCCUGAUGACCAGCUCUUAGUUUAUCUCCGCUCAUUGGGAAAUUUGCCACCUGUUCCGGUGCCACAGACAGUGACCCUUCACCCUCCUGUGAAAUCCGGGGAACGCUCAACCACAGCUAUAUCAUCUACGUGGCAGGCAUGCCUUCCCGACGUAGAGAUCCCCACCAGACAGCCUCAACCAAAGUCCAAUGGUUGUGUUACGCCUAAUCAAUUGCAGGAGCAUGCUCACAAACAACAGUCACGAAGACUGAUCUUGGAUUUGGAGAAUGAUGCCAGUGGCCAUGGCACUGAGGGCACUGAGGGCAAGGAUGCUCAGUCUCACCGACCAAAUUCAGUGCAACAUCGCCUCUCGGCUGAUCUCAUAUCGAGGACGUUGGAUGCCUAUACUGAAAAGGAGGUAUGCUUUCUCCAGCCAGACACGCAGGUGCCAGUCCCCUGCACUUCCAGAGAUGCAAUCGUCUUCAAAACGAUCACAAGACCCUCUACAUCCAGACCCCUGAAAUUCCAGCCACGGAAUGAUGUGGAAUCUUUCCAACAGUUCAGGUACAGGGGUGCUCCUCUUUCACCGACUCAGAGUCAUAGGGGUGAACCUCUUCUAUCUGUACAAGAAUUUCUCAACGCUUCGCCCCGCUUGAAAGAAGAUAAUACAGCGUCCAAGCAACAGCGAUCCACAUUCUCUUCUUCCACAUUUUAUGGAAAGAGACAAUCGCCUCAAUCCCCUCCUUCACAAGACAAGGGCUCCAAAAGAGGCUAUUUAUCGUCGACGAGACCUUCCAUGCCUUCACUCAGGGACGGCCGUGGGAUCAACUUUACAAACUCCUCAGAUGACGGCGAAGGCGUUGCACGGAUCACACCCACCCCUGACUUACGGGACUUGACCUCGAAUUUCGCAAGUCGGUCCAAUGAUACAUCUCGAAGGCGGAAGAUAAUGGAUCUUACAGAGGAACUUCAUAUUUUGACCACAAGGGGUGCCCCGAAUUCCCAAUGGGAUACACAGUCGGUGGAAGCACAACGAGCCGACGCCAGAAUGGGGCAACUGCGAACCAAGAAGACCUACGAUAUAUCAGAUAUUGACGACAGCGAACUUAGCGAACUUGACGGGAUUGAGCUACGUCCUCCGCAGAGACCCUCAACCUUUUCCCGGCCCCAAUCAAAACAUGGCGGUGGACCAUUGCAAGGACAGGAUUUGCUUUUCGAUGUCCCAGACGAUCAACUCAGUCCAUUGACUCCGCACUCGGCACAGUCCUUUGAUUCUCCGGUGGGAGGAAUGAGUAUCUCAAGUGUCAAACCAGACUUUCUACAGUUUUCAAAUCGAGGCCGGCCCAAUGGAGACUACUUCUCCAGGGCGCCACUGAGGAACGACCAUCUGCAUAGAGGUUCCCCUCGCAAUGUGGACAACUAUAUGCCGAAGAACGAACCACAAGCAGACAAAGCGGUGAACUCUCCUGUUCCUCGCGGGACGGUGAAGAUGGCUGGCCCCAGCCAUCAAGUGCGCAACAACAGCGUCUCAUCUGCCGAUGGGAUUGAACAAACACUCUCAGUUCCGCAGGGAGCACCUCCGCGAAGUCACCGGCAAAAUUUCGAAUCGAGACCUUCAUUCUCAACGUCACCCGAUACCCAAGCGGCGGCUUUACCACGUUCUAUUCUGCGAGCCUCGACAUCGACCCCGGGACACGGAAGCUCCACGCCCCCAUUUGGCACGCCCAGUAUCGUGCGCAAUCCUGAAAAGAUAGCUGUAAUCAACGCGGAGACACAAAGACGGUCGGCCGCAUCUCCCAGAGCAAGCACGAACUCCGACUUUCAGGCAAGCUCGACCAGGACCACUCCUACCAAGGAACGAAAGCACCAUCGCCAUCGGCUGCCGGUGAUGGGGAGCAAAAAUGUCAGUCUGCUGGAUUUGGCACAAGGCUGGAGUGGUGACAGAAAGAGUCGUUUCGAGUCAAUGCAUGUACACGAGCAAACGCCAACAAACAUGGAGACGAGCAUGACUGCGGCUAUGGACACACAAGCAGGACAGAUUCGGAAACCACCGAGCAUUCAAACAUCCCGGGCAGCAAGUCUCAGCGCUCCGUCCCUGAUCCCCGUCUCGUCGAAUCAAACGGACCGUGGCAGUCGCCUCGUUUUCGACUCCGACUCCGGUCUGGAUUUCCCCGGCCAUGCCGGGGGCGGGUGGCCUGGACAAGAUUCCAGACUUUCGCCAGCAGGCAUCCAACGACCAGUCUCAGAUAUCAGAGCGGGUCUACAUCAAAGGCCUGGGAAAGCGGAACACUACGACAACGCCAACGACGAGAGGGGAAUAUUCGGAGGAUAUGAAGAUGACGAGGAUAACAACGAUAAUGACAUGAUAGACCACGGCGCAGCUCUUCCUCCGCCAGAUAUCUCACGCUGCCGCCGCUCUGCCGCCGCCAGGCGAAGAAGUCUCAACGACGGAGACCGAGUGGAGACGAUCUUUCGAGUGUUGCGCGAGGGUCCAGGCCCGCGCAGUUCGAAUCGAGUCAGUCAACGCGAUGGUCAAGACGGCGUGGGAGAGGAAAUGGACGCGAUGCAGGACCACAUGUACACCAGACGAAGCAACCCCCGGACCAGGAGGAAAAGUGUUCUUGGGAGGUUGGUAAUGAGGCGACGAUAG